CCUCAAAAUCAGCCGCAGGGCAACCCCCCUCCACCGCCACCGAAACCUGGCCAAUUUCAGGGAGGCAUGCAACAGCAGCCACCGCAGCAACAACAGAACACUCAGAACUGGAACCAGCAGCCGGCAUACAACAUGCAACCACCUGCUCAGAACUUCCAAGCACAAGCCCAGCCUACGCAGUUCAAUCAGCAAGGUCAACAGGGUGGAUAUCCCGGCCAGCAACCACAGCAUGGUGGAGUACCAAGCCAGCCUGCUCCACCACAUUCCUACAAUACAGCCGCCCCUCCUCCGCCUUCUGCUACCCCUGGAGGGUCAUAUUUCCCACCCUCUGCGAACAGACCAACCUCAAUAUACGGCUCAACCCCAUCAGGGACUUAUUCUACUCCCCAGUCUGCGGUCUCUCAAAACCCGCCUCAGACAGUACUGAGCCCAGACGAGCAGCAUCCCACUUACAUCCCCCCAUCUCUCACUGGGCAAGGUGUUCAAUCGUAUAUGCCUGCCAAUACGAACCCUCUACCCGGCGUUUACGUACCACCGCCUCCGGAUAUUCCAGCUUGGAGUCAAGCGCAGCAUCUCCCAGGGCAGGGGGGCGGUAAGAAAUUCAAAUAUACGAAGCCGAACCCGCAACCUCAGUUUCAGCCAGGAGUUCCACAGGGCAUUCAAGGUGGCGUGGGAUUCCAACAGCCUAUGCAACAACCAGGGCAGCAAUUUCAACCUCAGCAGCCAAUGCCGACUCAACAAGGUCAACAAGGCUUCAAUCAGCCUGUUCAAAAUCAAUUCCAACAACCACCACAACAACUCGGCCAGCAGAUUCAGUCGCCGCCUCAGCAGCAACAGUUCGGUCAGCAAGUGCAGUCGCCGCCUCAAGGCCAACAAUACGGGCAUCCCACGCAACAAGGCCAGCUCCAACAUAACCCUCAGCAACCCCAGCAGUUUCAACAAAGUGCGAUUCAACAGCCUGGGCAACAAUUUCCACCACAAGCAGCAAACGCUUGGAACGCACAACAGCAGGGCGUAGGCCAGGGGUAUGGGGCCCAGAACGUACCUCAGCAACCGCCAAUUCCGGCACCAUACGGCAAUGUCUCUCAACCAGCCCCCCAGCAGGACUGGCAAACUCAAGGACAGCAGCAAGGCACAGGCUACGCAGCACCUUUUCAACGCCCAUACUGAGCAGAGCCCUCCUGUCUCCCACAACGAUCCUGUUUCGCCGAUACACCAGAAGCGAAACAGCGUGUUCGGGUCGGGGCAGGGUGGUGGCGCUCUGGGCCGGACGGACUCGAUCAGCUCGAUUAUGAGCAAGAAGCCGGCGUCGCACAGCAGCAAGACGGGCACGCCAGUACAGAGAUGGCCAUCGCCACCUGCACCCACUGUUGCGGCUUCUGCAUUAGGCAUGGGAGGGCCAUCUGACUGGGAGCACUUUGGAUCUGCAGACGAUGAGAUUGAUGAUGAGGAGAUAUUCGGUGCGAAGGGUAAGGAGGAGCUGCAUCAUGUGGAUAGCGUGGAGCUUCCCACCGCUCCAUCCCCUCCGUUAGCGGCCACUGGCUCUGCUGUCAGUGUGGAUGAAUGGCCGACUCCGCCGGCGCCCGCUCCGCUGAAUGUUAACCGUCCUUCAUCAGGCUUCCAGCAUAACGUUUCAGGUAGUCGCGAGCACU